CGGCGACGACGGUACACGGCUUUCUGUUUUCAUAAGGACCAGCUGUUGUUGACAGCCACUUGGAUAUCACAAAAUUUUUGCGAUAAGGGCCGUGGGAAGUGCGAGCCUGUGAAUGAUUCCAUUGAGGAGGCACCGACAUCGCAGGCUGCCGUAGUGACUCUUUGAUGACCCGUUUUAGCCAGCGCUCUGACCUCGUUAUCAGUGGUAGCGCACGUAGGAUAGAUAAAGGAGAAUGUAACGCACGGGCUUUGGAAUAACAACUUAUUUUUGAACUAAUGCUCAUUUGAGAGAUGGAGCAGCAAGAGGAAGGACCUCUUUUCUUGGGCCUCGACCUCAGCACUCAGCAGCUGAAGGCGGUCAUCAUUGAUGAGAACCUGCAAGUGGUCCACGAAGCUCAUGUGCAAUACGACAAUGAGCUACCUGAAUUCAGGACUCAGGGCGGCUUUAACACGAGCAAAGGAAAAGUGCCCGAAGUUACGGCCAAUCCGGUUAUGUGGCUGAAGGCGCUGGACAUGCUGCUGGACCGUCUCAGGGUGAGCUGGGGUCAGGUCGAGCUUUUCGGCCGCAUCAAGGGUAUCUCAGGCGCCGCCCAGCAGCAUGGCACCGUGUUCUGGCACAAGGGCGCCGAACGCACCCUCUCCACCCUCAGCCCGUCCAUGUUCCUGCACGCACAGACGGCCUCCUGCUUCUCGCUACCCAACUCGCCAAUCUGGAGGGAUCACUCGACCACCAAGCAGUGCCAAAAGAUGAGCACCUCCCUCGAGGUGGCAGGAUCGAGCCUGGCUGAGGUAACAGGUUCACCGGCGCAUGAGCGCUUCGCUGGUCCGCAAAUCUGCAAGGUUUUUGAAACCAAAUCCUUCAUUUACAACAACACAGAAAGGAUUUCACUGAUCAGCAGCUUUCUUUGCUCAAUUUUACUUGGUCGGUUUGCUCCCAUUGAUCUGUCAGAUGGAUCAGGAAUGAAUCUGUUAGACAUUAAAACGCACCAAUGGGACCCGAAAUGUCUUGAGGCUUGCGCACCUGAACUCAAGUCAAAGUUGGGCGAGCCAUGCAAAUCUCAAACUGUGCUCGGGGACAUUUCGCCUUAUUUUGUUGAGCGCUUCUGCUUUCCUGCUGACUGCAAAGUGAUUGCCUUCACUGGAGACAAUCCUUCUUCUCUCGCAGGUCUUUGUUUGGGACCUCAUGAAAUUGGUUUGAGUCUGGGCUCAAGCGACACUCUCUUUGCCUGGGUAUCGGAGUAUUGCAGCCUGCCUGGAGGGCUCGGCCACUUAUUGUGCAAUCCAGUUGAUGCUGACCAUUACAUGGCUUUACUUUGCUUCGCAAACGGCUCACUGACCAGGGAAAGAGUGCGAGACCUAGUUGCGAAUAAGAGCUGGGGGGAGUUCAACUCCCUUUUGGACAGCACACCAAGAGGAAAUUUUGGAAACUACGGCAUCUUCAUGGAUGUGCCUGAGCCCCUGAUGCCUGGCAUCCAGCCAAGCGUCAAGAGGUUCAACGCGGCUGGGGUUGAAGUGGGACACUUCACCAGUAUGGAAAUCGAGAUCAGGGCUCUCGUCGAGGGACAAGCUCUCUGCAGACGUGCGGCGUUGGAAACUCUACUGGGAUCUGACUCAAGCAGCAAUUUGAAAAUUAUUGCAACCGGCGGAGCAUCGCGAAACAAAUGCUUACUGCAAGUUUACGCCGACGUCUUUAAUGCUCCAGUUUAUAUUCAAGAUGGAACUAAUUCUGCCGCUCUAGGUGGAGCAUUCCGUGCCUUCCACAUGGUCACAAUGGCUGACAAGCCUUUUUCUGAAGUGGCUGCUAAGUUCCGAGGCGCAGAGGAGCCCUUUUGCACCCCCUAUGCUGACGCACAAGAGAUCUACAAUCCUAUGUUAGAAAAGUGGAAUUCGACCAUCAAAAGCCUGAUGAGCAACGAGAAGUAGACAACUCGCUUGUGAUAACCACAAAAAGAAACACAUUCCAAAGUAACCUGCAAGUCGCACAAAUAGAAUUAUUGCAUUCCUAUUAAAAUGCAUUUUUGUCAAUGUACUCAUUAUUAAAUUAUUAGAAAAUCGUUAUUUGUUGAUUAGUCCUAAUGUUAUUGAUUUUAUUUAAGAUGCACAAUCGAGCUUAAUAAAGACGCUUUUAAACCAUGACGACACAAAGUAA